AUGUCUGCUCUACGAUGUCGCCCGUGGCGUACAUUGGAGACUCUCCAGUAUGCAAGAGCUGCUGCUCAAGCCCCCUGCGCUUGGAUGACCGCCCACAAGCUGUCCAGCUUUAUUUCCAAGCGCGCGAUCAGCUCCAGCUCAACGCGCCCCCAGAAUUCACAAAGCAGCGCUGCAAAGCCGGCGCCACCAGCUCAAACACCGCGUACUACAACCCCCACCUCCGCAGCUACAGCAACUCGUGCUUCUGCGGCAACACCCAGCCGUGCAACAACAGACAACCUCUCCAAGAGCGGACUCUCCGACCAACCCCGAGAGCUCGAAAAUGCCACAGAAGACAAGAUUGAUUGGACACGCUCAUUUCACGGUCUCUCCGCAACCCCAUUCCCCAAGGAAGCAGCGGAUAUUCUUAUGGCCGAGACAGACCCCGAGGAGGUGGAGAUUAAACCGGACGGAAUCCUCUACCUGCCCGAGAUCAAGUACAGACGUAUUCUGAACAAAGCAUUCGGGCCUGGUGGAUGGGGUCUUGCGCCGCGUGGUGAAAGCAUUGUGACGCCGAAAACGGUGACGAGGGAGUAUGCGCUUGUCUGUCACGGCCGUCUCGUCUCUGUUGCCCGUGGUGAGCAGGACUACUUCUCGCCGGAUGGUAUCCCCACCGCGACGGAGGGUUGUCGCUCCAAUGCGCUUGUGCGCUGCUGCAAGGACCUCGGUAUUGCCAGUGAACUCUGGGAUCCGCGCUAUAUCCGCAAGUUCAAGGCGAAAUACACUCGCGAGGCAUUUGUCGAGCACGUGGUGAAUAAGAGAAAGACCAAGAUCUGGAUUCGGAAGGGCGACGAUGUAACGUAUCCGUGGAAGGAGACUAAGUAG